GGCCGGGACGCUGCGGGCGGAGGAAUGUACGUUACGGUUAAAUAGAGGGUUACGGCCUCGGAGAGGAAAAAGGACGGCGCCGGUCGACGAGGAGGACGACGGUGGCCUCUUCCUGGCCAGGGAUUCAGGCCGAGGCAGGACGCGGUUGUUCCUGAGGGAGAGGAGGAGGGAUAGAGGCUCCAUGGCGGCGGCGGCGGCGGGGAGGGUUCGAGGGCGGCCGAGGCAGCAGCAUCAGCAGCAGCAUCAACCUCGAGGGCUCCUCCGUUGUUAGCGGCGGCGGCGCCGGGUGGCCCUCCUCCCCCGUCUCCCUCCUCCUCCUCCUCGCUCUCCGCCGGCGACUGACUCGUUCUGGGACCCGAUUUGGAGCCCUCCUCCUCCUCCCUCGCUCGCCUCUAUGAUGAAGUUCAAGCCCAACCAGACUCGGACCUACGACCGGGAGGGCUUCAAGAAGAGGGCGGCGUGCCUCUGCUUCCGCAGCGAGAGGGAGGACGAGGUGCUGUUAGUAAGCAGCAGCCGGUAUCCAGAUCAGUGGAUUGUUCCAGGUGGAGGAAUGGAACCAGAAGAGGAACCAGGUGGUGCUGCUGUCAGAGAAGUCUAUGAAGAGGCUGGAGUGAAGGGGAAACUAGGCAGGUUGCUGGGCAUAUUUGAGCAGAAUCAAGACCGAAAGCAUAGGACCUACGUUUAUGUUCUUACAGUGACUGAAAUCCUGGAAGACUGGGAGGAUUCAGUUAAUAUAGGAAGAAAAAGAGAAUGGUUUAAAGUUGAGGAUGCAAUCAAGGUCCUUCAGUGUCACAAGCCUGUACAUGCAGAGUACCUGGAAAAAUUGAAAUUGGGGUGUUCACCAACCAAUGGAAAUUCUGUAGUCUCUUCUCAUCCUGAUAACACCUCUCUCUAUGUUACUUCAGCACAGACUUCUGGGCUGCCCUCUACUGUAAGAUAAACUUGGAAAUAACUUUUUGUUCACCGUCACAAGGGCAGGUCUUUUACUGGUCAUGUUUAUAGUCAUUGAAAUCUUGAAUGAGUGUUCUUUAUGUUCAUACAUACACUUUUUUUCUUUUUUAGCAAUGUGUAAUGUUUCAGUAAACCAAAGCCAUAUAUGGAUUUUUUAAAGAUGCCUUAAAUGGCCCUCUUUAUGGGUUUUUUAAAGCAUAGAUAAUUUAAGUGCUGAAUUAAAAAUAGUAAAUUUAUAAUUUGGCAUUUUGUUUGGCCUAACUUUUUUCUUUAAAUUCCUAAAAUUAAGUUAAUUUGGGGGAAAUUUGGUGUAGUAUAGACACUUUUACUGGGUAGGCUACCAAUGUCUGUGGACUCCAGUCCCUUUUUUAAUGUCUGCAACUAAAACAUGGAUGUAUGGAUUCUCUAAACUGUCCAGAAACCUCUGAAAAGCAUUAUUUUUUCCCUAAAGUCAGAACUGUGAUUGAGGUAAAAAAAAAACUACCUCUGUUGUGAAAGUUGUCUUUUCUCAUUCUUUCUAUGUAACAUAACCAACCCCACUGUAAAUAAUCAAAAUAGUGUAUAGUGUAAAGUGGAAACUAAAUGUAAUGUAAAUAUUAUUGCUUACACAACUUGGUUACCACCUAAGACUUUAGUGUUCUAAUAGCUACGUAACAGGCAGAAACCUGAAUAGCUGAAUAUUUUCCAGUCACAAUAUCUUCAUCUAUAGAGUUUCUGCUUAUGGUAAGUUGUUAUAAGGCACAAGAGCACUAGUUGAAAAAGGUGGCCAUCAUACACACUAAUUUCAACACAUUGUGUAAAAAAUGCUGCUGAAAAUCAACCCAUUUGCUGUUACAAUUUGCAGAAAAUACUGGUGCCAUAAACUUUCUCUCUAAUGGGGGAAUAAUACUGUGCCAUAUAAAUGCAUUUGAAUAAGGAACAUCAGUCAAAAGUUUGAAUCAUUCCUUCAAGGGUACAUUAAAUACAACUAUUAGGGGAGACUUGAACAUCUGCCACAGAUUAGAACCAACAGGUGGUAUUGGCUUAGACAGCUGAGUGGACAGUAGGUCAUCAGUUUUGUAUUUGAAAACCUUUAAUUUCCCUAUUAUGGUUUAGGUGAAGUCAGAAGAAUGUUAAUAGUACAGCGUGAUGGCAGAUCCAUUAAUGUGAAAUGUUACACUAAUCAUAUGGAAAAAUGGGUGGCUCCUACUAUAUAUGCAUUUUUGUCUUGAGUUCUCAGUUGGCUCUUCAACCCACACUCCUAUGCAUUAUCCAGUUAUAAUUUGCUGAUGACAUGGUGGUAAGAUAAGAAACAUCUGUUGGUUUUGAUAGUGACAAACAUAUGAACAAAUGGGUUUGUUUCCUACCGCUACUUUCAUCUCAAGUUUGCUUUUUGGAACAUAAAACCCAGCCAUGCUUAUAGAAACUGUAUAUUGAUAAUGCAUGAUUAGUUUGGUUUCUAUCAUUAUGUAUUAUGUUAAAAAAAAUGUACAGUUGUCAAUGCUAACCCAAAUCAAAGGUGAUAGCUUAUAAAUACUCUAGGCUGCCAUGCCACAUAGUUUUAAUUAUAUUGGUGUACAGAUCUCUUCAGCCUAUGCAACUUAAGAUGAAGACCCUUACUGAGACUGACUUCUAAAAUUAACAUUUGGAAUGACAAAUGGCUAUCAUUGUUGCAUUUCAUUAAUAUACAUGUGAGCUCAGCAAAAUGUUUGGAGGAACAGGCAGGCAACAUGACAGCAAUGAUCUCUUUUGCCAAGAUUAAAGCACAGAGUUGUAUAGCCCCAGAAAGGAGGCUGGCAUCCCCCCGCCAUUAAACAUGGAAAGGUUCAAGACAUGGGGUGAAAUAUUCUUAGAGUAAAUAUUUAGGACUAAGUUCCGUAUGGGUGACCUUUAAACCUGUAGUUGGCUUCACAAGGUGCAUGGAUAAAAGUUGACUUGGACCAGAUGGGCUUACUUAUGGCAAGGUCAAAAGGAUCAUUAUCGAACAUCUAUAGACAGGUCUUGAUUUAAUGUAGCGAGAGCUUGUUACAGUGAAUAGUUUAUUGGGAACAUGCCAUCCAAACACUGCAAGAGUAUUUACGCAGCUUAUAGAGGCUGUUAAAAGUGAAAAUGUCACCCUGAAUGCUUAUUGCAAACUAGCCGGGACUAUUGUCAAAAUGUUGGGAAUAAUUGCUCAGCAUACUUCUGAAAAGUAACAAAUAACUGAAGAAAAACUACAAUUUAAGUUGUAAACAUUUUGAAAUGUGCAUGGCUUUCUUUUAAGACUGAUGUAAGAAUUUUGACUUUUUAUAUCUGGAACAAACCUCCAAAAUAAAAAAAUAAAUAAAACAUAA